CAGGCUGAAGACCACCCCACACCUUCCAAGCCCUUGAAUCUGGAGCAGGACUGUGACCACCAACACCAUGUAAGAGUUUUUAUCCAUUCUAGCUGUUGCUGCCGUCUUCAUUUGCCCAGUUCUCUAUCCGUGUAGCAUCAUCCGCCUUCUUCCACUGCUGGGCACUUGGCUCCCCAGACACUGAAUUCAAGGAAACCAAGUCAGAGGAGGCAGAAGGAAGGAAAGCCGAUUAGAGUUCACGCUGGCCCAGCUGUCCAGGGCCUUCCUGCCCCGCGGACUUGUUAGUCGCUCAUUUUCUUCUGGGAUGAGGAGUGGGCCCAGUUAAGCCCCUUCUGGAUGUUUUCCAUCUCCCUUCCCUUCCUGCGGGCUUUGUCAUGCAAACUUUACGUCUGGAAAUGACCCCCCUGGCCAGGGCUUUUGCUCUCGACGGUGGCACCCGGUAACCCCAACUCUUGGAACCCUCACCCUCCUCAACACAGAGCCCGCAGCCGGGAUCUUGCCCAGCGCGGGCGCCGCCUUCUCCCGGCCCCGCCCGCCGCCCGGUCCCCGGGCCCGCGGUCCACCCGACUCCCUGGCUGCGGGCGACGCCUGCGCAGUGCGGCCGCGGGGAGGUCGUUGUCCCGGCGCCGUCGUCCCGGCCGCGAGCGCCAUGGCGGAGGAGGUGAGCACCCUGAUGAAGGCCACGGUCCUGAUGCGGCAGCCCGGGCGGGUGCAGGAGAUCGUGGGCGCCCUCCGCAGGGGCGGGGGAGACCGCUUGCAGGUCAUUUCUGAUUUUGACAUGACCUUGAGCAGGUUUGCAUACAAUGGAAAGCGAUGCCCUUCUUCUUACAACAUCCUGGAUAACAGCAAGAUCAUCAGUGAGGAGUGCCAGAAUGAGCUCAAAGCACUCCUUCACCACUAUUACCCAAUUGAGAUUGACCCGCACCGGACCAUCAAAGAGAAGUUACCUCAUAUGGUGGAAUGGUGGACCAAAGCACACGAUCUCCUGUGCCAACAGAAGAUUCAGAAGGUUCAGAUUGCCCAGGUGGUUAGAGAGUCCAAUGCAAUGCUUAGGGAGGGAUACAAGACGUUCUUCAACACCCUCUACCAGAACAACAUUCCCCUUUUCAUCUUUUCCGCGGGCAUUGGUGACAUCCUGGAGGAGAUUAUCCGACAGAUGAAAGUGUUCCACCCCAACAUCCACAUCGUGUCAAACUACAUGGACUUUGAUGAAGAUGGUUUCCUCCAGGGAUUCAAGGGCCAGCUCAUACACACAUACAACAAGAACAGCUCCGUUUGUGAGAACUCUGGGUACUUCCAGCAGCUUCAGGGCAAAACCAACAUCCUCCUGCUGGGAGACUCCAUGGGGGACCUCACUAUGGCUGAUGGGGUUCCUGGUGUGGAGAACAUUCUCAAGAUUGGCUUCUUAAAUGACAAGGUGGAAGAGCGGCGGGAGCGCUACAUGGACUCCUACGACAUCGUGCUGGAGAAGGACGAGACGCUGGACGUGGUCAACGGGGUGCUGCAGCACAUCCUGCACUGCGGGGACUGGAGAGAGAUGCAGGGCUCCUGAGCGUGGGCGGGGGGCCAGGAGCUGCAGGCUGCGGAGAGGGGGAGCCUCACCAGGAGGCCGCCCUGCGGGGAGCGUUACUACUCCCUGUGUGUGCACGGAGCCCCGGGGGGGGGCACCUGCCGAGCCCCGUCUCCCUCCUCCUCUCCCAGCGUCUUCUGUGGUGGUCUCCAGAGGCUGGCGGGAGGCCCUGCCGGAUGGGAGGGCCAGCCAGGUGAACACGGGACCUACAGAGUGUUAGCACUCUAGGGACCAACUAGUCCAGGGGUUCUCCGCCCGCCCAGUUUUUAAAGACAGGAAGCUAGUCUUCAAACAAAUCUAAUGUGUGAAACAGAUCAAAAUAAAAAAAGGAAAAAACA